UGACGGCCCUUCCGGCCCGGGCAGAGGCGAAGCAGCUUCUGGAUGUGCGGGAACUUGACGUGUGGAUCCCUUGGCGACUCCAGUCGUGUAACCGUGCGGGAUACCUUGUAGGCGGGUUGAAGCCUGGCCGCGGCCUCCACCCGCCGCUGGCGCUAGGAGGAGAGCGGGAACCCCCUGGGCUGGGUGUCCUCAGCUUGGCCCUCAGCCAGCGGCGCUGAAAAAGAUACGGGGGAUAGGGGUUGGUGGGGAGAUGCAGGCGAAGUAGGUUUCUCUACAGAUCCAGCGCCUUUAAACCCUGCGCACACUUUUUUAAAAAUGAAGAAAUUAAGGCUUAAGGAACUAGAGAGUCGCCUGCAACAAGUGGAUGGAUUCGAAAAGCCCAAGCUCCUUCUAGAACAGUAUCCAACCAGGCCGCACAUUGCAGCAUGUAUGCUCUAUACAAUCCAUAAUACAUAUGAUGACAUUGAAAAUAAAGUGGUUGCAGAUCUAGGAUGUGGCUGUGGAGUGCUUAGCAUUGGAACUGCAAUGCUAGGAGCAGGGUUGUGUGUUGGAUUUGACAUAGAUGAAGAUGCAUUGGAAAUAUUUAAUAGGAAUGUAGAAGAGUUUGAGUUAACAAAUGUAGAUAUGGUUCAAUGUGAUGUAUGCUCAUUAUCUAACAGAAUGCCCAAAUCAUUUGAUACAGUAAUUAUGAAUCCUCCUUUUGGGACCAAAAAUAAUAAAGGGACAGAUAUGGCAUUUCUGAAGACUGCUUUGGAAAUGGCAAGAACAGCAGUAUAUUCUCUACACAAAUCCUCAACUAGAGAACAUAUUCAAAAGAAAGCUGCAGAGUGGAAGGUCAAGAUAGAUAUUAUUGCAGGUGGCUUUUGUUUUAUAGAGCUGCGAUACGACCUGCCAGCAUCAUACAAGUUUCAUAAAAAAAAAUCAGUAAGUCUCUUGAUUCUGGUUUAUCCACAUUCAGUACUGAAAAACUUCACAAUAAGUAAUUAUUUCUAAUGCUAUCAAGUUGCUUGAGUAAAUACAGAAAGCCAGCCUAGAAGAUAAAUAUUUAACUACAGAAUGGGCCUAUGAUCACAACAGCCAAUAUGCUGGUUUAACAUGAAUUCUUUCUCCAAUACUUUGGGCACAAAAAUAAAAAAAAAAUAAACUAAGUUUAUUUUUAUGCAGUAUACAUUUUAUUACUUUGUACUAAUGCAUUCAUAUUA